AUGAUUGGUCAUGUGCAGCUUCGAGAUUUGCUUAUAUGUCCGAAGGAACCAGGUGUAGUCAAUUACGUGCAAAGGGAGGCAAUCGUCGAGCAGAACAUCAAUGCACCGCAUUCCGUUCCUCGAACAGUCGCUGAACUCGACUUCAUCCCGAAUUCGCUCACUUCUCUACCCGUUGGAACCGACGAUGUGCUGAUAGCGGCAGGCGGACAAGAAGCGGACAUCCACAUUUCCUACCACACGCCCUCACCGACUAAACGAAAGACACUUUGGAGCAUCAACGAGAGACUAGCAGGCUCAAUAAACAACUCUGUUUUGUUGACCUCGCUAAGUUUGACCAGCUCAAAUGAAAGCAGCGUGGAGCCUCGAGUCGGAGUCAGCAACAACGACUUUACAAUUCGCUUCUACGAUGUUCCCAUUCGAUCCCAAAGUUUGAAGAGGGCGCGGAAGACUGGUCAGGUUCUGAAAGAGGUCGGAUCCCUGAAGCUCGAUGUCCCCAUUAACCAUUGCGACUCCAACCAAGUUUACCUGCACUCCAUUACGGGCGGCGCUCGCAUAUCCUUCUCACAUAUCAACACCCUCUCUCUCCCCCCUCCAGACUAUCCACCGUAUGCUCUGCCACCGCCCUCACUCGCAGCCUCCUUCUCUACCGCCUUCUCAGCCGACGGAAUGAAAUUCGUGGUGGCAUCUCAAGAAGGAAUAGUGGCGAUAUGGGACGUUCGAAGCUCAAAGCCGAUGAAGGUCUUUCAGACGGACAGAUCGCGAGGACUAUCGACCGGCAUGGCUGGUAACGGCAAUGCAUCCGGGUGGUUAUCGGAUGACCCUUGGGCCUGGACUAGAGGGAGAUCUCGUGCUCCUGGCUGGAGCGUGAGGAAUGUAAAGUUUGGAGGGGCGUACGGGUCGGAAAUAAUGGCCUUCACAGAGCACACUUCGCAAGUCCAUCUCGUGGAUGCACGGACAUUCGAGACACACGACAUCAUCCAGAUUCCAGCCGCUUGCCACAAAUCCCGCCUAACUGCAUCUACUUCUGUUCCCAAUGGCACACCCCCACACAGAGCCUCGCGAUUCCUACACCCGCCCAGCUCUGUUCCCUAUCCACUUCGAAGACUCCCAACAAAUCCCCGAUUCUCCAACGCACUGCUCUCCUUCCUCUCUCCCUCAUCCUCCGAUGCAUCGCCAUCUGCACACUCACCGGUCCCCGGAUCUCCACGGCUUGUCGUCUCCUCACCUCCUCUCCCCCAAAGUCAGGGAUCAUCCUCUAAUACUCCUCCCCGCACUCCAGCCCUAGUCCAAGCACUUGGCGACACUUUCCGCAUCCAAUCAUCAUAUUCACCACCCGCAUCCAUCGGCGAUUCAACGUGGAGGACGUUGCAUGGGGUGGGUGCAAGACGGCCAUCUGAUCCCACCCAGACUGCCACGUCUGGUGUCUCGGGCGAUAGAAGCCAGGAAGCGGAGCGAGAACGUGAGAGAUUGAGAGUAAGGGGGAGGGACCGGGAUGAUCGUGAUCGUGAACGGGAAGAGGAGAUGGAGGCGGAUGGGUAUGAUGAGGAUGAUAUUGUUGUCAUUCCGCCGCUUGGAGAUCGGGAUGUGGAGAGCGAAGUACAUGCGUUGUUGCGCAUGCAUGGGAUCGCGUCGAGGCAGUCGUCCUCUUCGCUGAGAGCAGAUGCGAUGAGAGAAGAUGACGGCGACGACGAGGAUCGCCGCAGUCGGUAUGAGGACGACGAUGAUGAUGAUGACGAUGACCGGAAUACAGGAUCAGCACACGCCGAUUUCGAGUAUCGAGUUCGACCAAGGCGUCACCGCAGGCCUAGGUAUUCCAGGAGGAUUACCCCACAUGGUGACGAGUCAGAUUGUCUUUCAUCGCGAGGCCCUUCUCGCGCACCGUCCCCAGGUCCCUCGUCCGUGCCCUUCUCGGCUUACCAGAUCGGUUGGCCUCUGACUCCUCGCGAAUCACCUUCGAGAGCGGGUACGCCUCGUUCCACCACUUCCCUUCGAUCUUCUGUGGCUGCCACAACAGGUCACGUUUCUUCCAGGAUGGACGUUGACGGGGACGAAGACAGCGAUCUCGAGAUGAACGAAGUCGACGAGGUUGAGGAAGAGAUGAGGGAGAACGAAGAGAUCGAAGACGAGGGGGGGAGGAAUUGCAAAGAUGAUAUCGAGAUCAUCUACGAAGAUGACCUUGAUCUCGCUGGUAUUUGCUUCGAUUCGACUGGUGGGAGGAUGUAUGUCGCGAGUACCAAGUCUGUCGCAGAGUGGAAGGUGAGAGGUGCGGAGAAGGGCUGGUGGGCUGGUGGGUCUUGGGCUUAG